AUGGAAUAUGAAAAAAUAAGAAUGGAAUUUAAUGCUGAAAAUAAAAAGAAACAAAUGGAAUUUGAUGCUGAAAAUAAAAAAAAGCAAAUGAAAUUUAACGCAGAAAAUAAAAAACAAAUGGAACUCGAUACUGAAAAUACAAGAAAGAAAAUGGGACUUGAAUAUGAAGCUCGUAAGCGGGAAACUGCAAAUGAAGGGAGAAAAAUGGAGCUUAAAUUUGAAGCUCACAAACGAAAUAUUGAACUUAAGGCC